AUGGCAGUUCCAGAUGAUCCUAGGAUUCAGAAUCAGAAUGGUGGUUUCGGUUGGGCUUCAAUCUGGAUCGUUCUUUCGGUUGUCAAGCUCGUCGUCAACGAUAUUGAAAAUUUCAUAUCAAAACAAUACUUGCAUAAUCGCGCUAUUCUUUCGCCAUUCCAAUGGCACAUAAAAAUUCCACCGCCGCGAUAUCCACAGAAGAAACACGAUAAUAAAACCUUACUUUCGACAUUCGCUGUGCACAAAUUCCGACUCUACAAAUCGGCUUCAAUCACCGAUUUCCAUGCGCUUUUAAAGAACCAUUGCCCGCCGAAUUUCGCGUCGAGAUACAAAACCGCCGCGUCCGUGCAACAGUCGCUCGACAAAUAG